UGUCUAAUUAACCGGUGUUCUUAAAGAAGAAAAAAAGUUAACAUUUUAUACAUAUAAACAUUUCCUUAGUGUCAAAGCUAAUUAAAAUGUCGCUGUCUCACCUGUUGCGGAAGACGCAGCCCACGCGCCCUACAGGUGUCGCCUCGCGCUUAUCAGCACAAGUAAGGUGACGUGCACCGCGAGGCACAGGAAGCCUUUGAAGUGGCCGCACCCGCUCACCGCCUUUCUUUCCCCGCAGCCGAGCUCUCCCACAGUCUCCCCGGCUGUCCAGCUCUUCUCCAGCUGAUCUCCGAUCCUCCGCAGCCGCGACGCGAGCAGCUGAGCUACGGAGCAAGCCAAGGAGCGUCGGCGCGGCGCGCUACAGCUGGAGUCUCCCGGCCGCAGCAGAGGCUGGUCUAUCGGUAACCAGCACAUGUCCGCUGACUGAGCAGCCGUGCUGUCCCUUUCCUCCUUAAAUCUGGGGAAGGAUAUAUGAACCCUCCUCUUGCUCCCUUAUCAAACCUUAACCGUGUUUGCGCUCCCCAGACUCACCCCACCUCUAACUGCUAUAUUAUUCAUUACCACGUCACAUGGUGUUUAGGGUUUACAUCAUCUUCUCUCCCAAAUAAAAGAUGCAGUGCCAAACACUCCAAUCUCCAAUGUUUGAAGUCUUUUGUUUAAGGAGACUGAACAUUGUGUCCUAUUAAGUGUUUAAAAAAAUGCAGUUCACAAUUUGAAUAAAUCUCCCACAUAGAUAACAAAUGCUUCGUUAUUAACAUGUUUAACUACUAAUUUUCAACUGCUAACUUAAGCAAUAAAAUAAGUAUCAUAUAAAGGAGGAAUUAAAAACAACUAGCGGAACCAAUAUAAAGCUGCUUUGUUCCUCUUCGGAUUGUUUAUUAAGAAGGGCGUGGUGGUUUCUGUCGGUCCCUCGGAGCUUCCUAUAGUUUCGUGUUCUGUUUAGUUAAACUGCCAUUAUUUGAACUUUGAAGGAUGACAUGGCUACGAACGAGCUUGUUGCCUUUAGGGAAGGCUGGGAACAAGAACUAAAGGGCAGAAGAGAAGAGAAUCGACUCGUUUGUUCGCCUUCCUCUUCCUCCAGGGAUGAUCCUGGUCGUUCAGGACUGAGAGACGGAAAACCUAGUUUAAAACUAGAGGAUCCAGGCUGCAGCGAGAAGGAGGGAAUAAUCUGUGGUCGAACCGCUUCUGCGGAGGUAGAAGAUCAGCCUCAGUAUGUCUCCAUUGCUCACAGCCUGUUGGAUGGGAGGACCAGUCCCCUGCUGGACAGGAUCGAGAAGGAGAGAACGAGUAGAAAAAGGCUGUAUCAUAACAUGAGCAACAUGUGCACUUCAUCCCUGCAGAGGCAGCCUCAGAAGAAGGUGAAGAAAGAAGAGGAGCUUGUGGAUCAACUCAUUCAGGAUCUGAACGAAGUCAACAACAUUCCUUUCUUUGACGUUGAGUUACCCUACGAAUUGGCCUUGAAGAUAUUCCAGUAUCUCAACUGUGCAGAACUCGGCCGCUGUGCUCAGGUGAGCAGGGCAUGGAGAGUCCUCGCAGAGGAUGGCGUUCUAUGGUUCAGGUUGUGCCAGAGGGAGGGUUACCACCAGGAUGCCAGCGUCUCCAACUCCCCCUGUUGGAAGAGCACUCUGCGAGACUGCAGGAGCGCGGCCAGGAGUGUCCGCUCCAACUGGAAGAACCGAGUGGGGUCCGUCAGCCAGCUGCAGUUCGAGUUGGGCAAGAUUCUGUGUAGCGUCAGCUCCUGUGACAGCUUUGUUUUGGCUGGGUACACAUCUGGUGAUGUGAGGCUUUGGGACACACUGCACUGGGACUCAACAUCAUCCUACCUCAAGUCCAACAGUCUGUCGGCGAACACACACCGUAGACCGCACGUCAGCCAUGUUCAGAUCAACAGCGCAGUGGCUGCUGCUUCAUAUGAGGAUGGUUGUGUAGACCUGUGGAGCACAGAAACAGGCGGAGAGCCCAUCCACCACUACCAGAUUGCAGGGAGGAUUCAGGCUCUGGGUCUGAGCCCAGACAGUCCCGUCCUGGUUUCAGCCACAGGAUCAAAUGUUCGGUUGGACAGCGCCAACGACUGUGGAUACUGGAGGACUGUCUGUGAGACUCGGCUACCCAAAACAGUAGACAGCCUGACUCUGGUACCCAAUCGGGUAGAUCAGUCCCCGAUGGUGGUUUUAGCAGCUGGAGAAGACGUCUACUUGUUGAAUCCUCAGGAGGAGGAGCCAAGGACUCUGCACUCUGUUUAUGGUCAUCCUGUAACCUGUUUGGAUGCAUCUGAUACCCUCGCUGCUUUUGGGGUGAAGCGCACAGGCUGGGCAAUGCAUGAUGGAGGCAAUAAGAUUCACGUUUACAGCCUGGAAACGGGGAAGCCAGCGGUUUGUGUCGGCAGCUCGCCGGGAGAUUUCACUUGCAUCAACCUGAGAGACAGCCCCCCCCAUCUGUUGGUGUGUGGAAACAAAGACAGGAGAGUGAGGGUCUUUGACCUCAGAUCCGGCUCCUCUGUGGUGUCCCUGUAUGCCCACCACCUGGGCGUCACAUCAGUGCAGGCGGAUGAGUGGAAGAUUGUGAGCGGUGGUGGCGAAGGUCUGGUGUGUGUUUGGGAGAUGAGGAUGGGAACUAAGCUUUGGGAGAUGCACAACAGGCAUCCUGUUAGGCACCUUCGCUUCAACGCCAACACCCUGCUGACGGCCAACAUCCCUGAUGACAAGUCGCCACGUGGGGCCUGCAUCACCGACGACGACCUCACAGCGCACCGCAGACACAGAGGAGUCAUCUGCCAUUACAACUUCUCCGAGGACGCCCUGUCACAGGAUCACGUCUUGCCCAUCUGCAGGUCCGACUACACUGACUCAUACGGCUACAACUACAACAUUAACCUGACGGUGCCCUACGAUAGGCUGUCUGGCUCCCAGCCAUCUCACUGAAGGCUGCAAACAAAACACUGACUGCAGAUCGGAUCGGACAAGAGAUGCCUUUAUCUGUCUGAUUCACAAACUGCUCCAUUUUAGUUAGCUUUUACUAUCCUUGUGAAGACAAAGGGUUUUGGAAAUGUCCUCCUUUAGGUUUUUAUUUUAGAUUCAAACAUAUCAAUUUCUAUAAGACUGUUUAAAAUAUUACCGUACAUUGAUUUGUUUUAUUGAUAUUUUUGUGUUUUAGAUCUGAUGCAUAGUCUAAUUUAUGCACAAAGAAUAAUGGCAUAUUAGUGUUUCAUAUAAAGAUGCAAAAAAAUAAAAGACAUCAAAAA